AUGGUGCUUGUGCAGCCAUCGCUCACAAAUGGCAGCUACAGCACUUCUACCUCAGUUGGUACAGCAAAAAGUAAUGCCAAAGGGAAGACGACUGGAAGGUCUGAUUCUCGAGAUGUCGUAUUUUCACCAGCUGCAGGACAAGGUGGACCACCACCUCAAAUGCCGAUACACAUGCAGAAUUCACCAGUUAAUUCUGCUCUGCAAGGUGGCAACAGAAUCGAGAAACCUUCUAGUUCUUCUCAAGGUUGCUACAUGCCAAAUUUCAUUCCAUUAUUAUAUUUUUUUCUAGGACCUCAACCAAUUCAACAGUUGCCUAACCAGCAGAAUAUGGCUCCCUUGCAGACUUCUGGCUAUCCAUCUGGCAUGUACCCAUCAUAUUGGCCACCUCAGCAAAUGCGUUACAUGCAGCCAGGAAAUGUUCAUCCAGGCCACUACUAUCAAAUGCAAAGUCAAGGAACCUUGCAGCAGUCUUCAGCUUUUACUGGAUAUGGAAUGCCAUCAGGAGCGCGUACGAUGCUUCCUACCAAUUCUGCAAAGGUGCAUCAACCACAGCAAAUGGAAAUGCCUCGUAUGCAAAAUGGGCCAGUACCAUCAGAUUGGCAAUCCAGAAUCAAUGUCUCAAAAUCUCUUCAAGAAACUGUACAGCAAAAUGCUUGUGGUCAGCAAUCGAUGACUCCGUCUGCAGGAAUACCAGCUCCAAGUCCAGGAGGAGCUUCUUCAAUUGCCGAUGAAUCUUUGGAAGAUUCUAGAUCCCUCCCAGGUGCUUCGCCUAAUCCAUGGCCUCAUACUCCAUCGCAGAUGAAUCAAGGACAUAGAACUCCAGUAUCUGCUAAUCGGCCGAAUACACCAGCAGUAAAUAGACGACAAGAUCCAGCAUCUAUUAUUGAUAGAUUGGUAGGGCCUAUAACUACAUUGAAUCCUCAGCACAUAAUGCCAGAAAGGAGAACUUUUUUUGAGAAGCUAGUUCAAUUUUGUGAACAACAGGGCGAUCCAAUUACACAAGUGCCACAGGUUUCAAAACAAACUGUUGAUUUACAUCGUCUAUAUCUAGCUGUAAUGAAACGAGGUGGUUUUGAACAGGUGACGCGUGACAAAACGUGGAAGCACGUUUGUACAGAGGCGAAUUCGGAAAUGUCUGAGUCAUCAGCUGCAGGUUAUCAAUUGAGGCGGCAUUAUCAAAAGUAUUUGCUGGGAUUAGAAUGUUUAGAAACUGGCAAAAGCGUUAGUGAUAUAGUAGCAUUUGCUGAACGCUUGAAAAAACGUCGGAAGGAUAAAGAUGUUAAUGCGCAGCAAUUUCCUGUUCCAGGUCAGCUAUUAUAA